GGUGAUUUUAUGUGUUAUUUAUUAAUAUUUUGAUUCAUAUAAUAAAUCUAUGUAAUUUUAAUUCCACAUUUGUAAUAGUACCAGGUGGAACAGAACUUAAGACCAUCAAACAUAUAAUGAAAAUAAGCCAUAUCAGCAUCUAAAUAUAAUUGCCUGAAUCAUUUCAAUUAUGCAGCUUAAGCAUCUAAAAACAAUCCUUCCUGCAAAGGAUGGACCAAAUAAUGUUCUUGCUAUGGCCUGGUCACCAAACAACAUGAAAUUAGCUGUCUGCACAUAUGAUAGAGUUGUCUUACUCUUUGAUGAAAACGGUGUUAGAAAAGAUAAAUUUACUACAAAACCAUCUGAUUCACGGAACUCUAAGAUGAGUUAUGCAGUGAAGGGCUUAGCUUUCUCUCCAGAUUCAACAAAAAUAGCUGUUGGUCAGACCGAUAAUAUUAUUUAUAUAUACAAGGUUGGAGAAGAAUGGGGUGAUAAGAAAGUAAUAUGCAAUAAAUUUCCACAACAUUCUCCAAUCACUUGUCUCAUAUGGUUAAACGAAGGUCCGAUUGUGUUUGGUCAGGCUGAUGGAAAAAUUAGAGCAGCUUAUAUUACUUCAAACAAAACUCAGACUCUUUUUAAUGCGAAUUCAUUUGCUGUAUCUUUAGCUGCCAACUCAAGGGGUACAGGAUUUUUGUCUGGUCAUGCUGAUGGCAGUAUCAUCAGAUAUUAUGUAACUGAUGACCCUCAAAUGGAGCAGCAGGGCCGGGUGGUUUCCCACAAUUGCCCACCUUAUGCUCUUGCUUGGCCAGGAGGAGGAUUUGUGAUUGCUGCUGGAUGUGAUCGUCGAGUGACGGUUUAUGAUCGAGAGGGAAGAUUGUACCACCAGUUCGACUACCCGAAUGAGAAGGAAUUCACCGUAGCAACCUGCAGUCCUAGUGGGCAAGCGGUUAUUGUCGGCAGCUAUGACAGGCUUCGUACAUAUGUUUGGAGCCCUAGAAAGUUAAGCUGGGAUGAAAUCCAAGCUAAGGAAAUCACGAACCUUUACACGAUAACUGCAUUAUCUUGGAAGAGAGAUGGGUCUCGAGUGACCUGCGGAGGUCUAUGUGGCUCAGUGGAACUAUUUGAAUCUGUUGUCAAGCGCACAAUUUGGAAGAAAAAGUUCGAAUUGACUUACGUCGGUGCCAGCCAGGUUCUUGUAAAACCCCUUAAUAAUGACUCUAGAGGUGUUAUACUUAGAUCAAGGCAUGGAUAUGAGAUUGACGAUGUACGUAUUCUCGGAAACGACAGGUAUCUUUUGGCAAGGACUCCUGAAACACUACUGCUAGGGGAUCUGGAGAAAAAUUUACUGAGUGAAGUUGGUUGGCAGGAUUCAGAUCGAAAAGAAAAAUUUUACCUAGAUAAUCCUAAUGUUUGCAUGAUAUUUAAUGCUGGUGAACUCACUCUUGUCGAGUAUGGAAACAACGAUAUUUUAGUUUCAGUAAGGACUGAAUUUAUGAAUCCACAUCUUAUCAGUGUCCGUAUCAAUGAAAGAAAAUUGCCAAACUCAGAUGAAGAUAACAAGAAAUUAGCUUACUUAUUAGACAGAAAAACGAUAUGUAUUGUUGAUCUUUUCUUUGGAAUACAGUUGCUACAAGUUUCUCAUGAUACAAAAAUAGAUUGGUUAGAAUUAAAUGAAACUGGUCACAAACUUUUAUUCCGUGAUAAAAAAAGUAGACUGUAUUUGCUAGACACUAAGACUGGUUCUAGGCAAGCGAUUUUGAGCUACUGCACAUAUGUUCAAUGGGUUCCUGGCAGUGACGUCGUUGUAGCACAAUCUAGGAACCAGGCUUGUAUUUGGUACAACAUAGACACCCCCGACCGAGUGACCAACUUCCCAUUAAAAGGAGAAAUCAUCGAUAUCGUCAGAGAAAAUAAGAAAACUGAAAUAAUAGCCCAGGAAGGAACUCAUCAAACUGGUUACGAGUUGGACGAAGGUCUCGUAGAGUUCGGUACCGCAGUUCAUGACUGUGAUUUUGGUCGAGCGAUUCUGUUCCUGGAAUCAUUCAGCAAGGAAAGUCCAGAGACAGAGGCAAUGUGGCUUAAUCUAGCAGAAAUCACACUCCAAAUGAACAAUUUACGUGUGGCUUUAAGAUGCUAUGCUGCUCUCGGAGACAUACCUAAAACACAUUUUUUAAGUGAAACUCUCAAAAUCGCUGAAGAUUUUGCCAAUGAAAACGGCGGGGAUGGUAUGGACUGUCCAGAGGUUUGGGCAAGAAUGGCAAUUCUGAACAAAGAUUUGAAAACGGCUGAAGCUAUUUAUUUGGAACAGAACAGGCUCGACAAAGCUCUGGAUAUGUACAAGGAUCUCCACAAGUGGGAGGAAGCACUGAUGCUGGCUGAGAGGAGCGGCUUCAGCAAGUUUAAGGAGUUGAAAGGGGAGUACGUGACCUGGCUGCUGUCGACCGGGCAGCAAGAGAAAGCAGGGCAGGUCAAGCAGGAAGAUGGGCAGCUGCUGGAAGCCGUUGAGCUCUACAUGUCCGCUGGUCUACCGGCCACGGCUGCCAGAUUGGUGAUAUCGCAGCCAGACAUGCUGGAAGACCAGGCGCUGAUGAAGAGACUAACUACAGCUCUGGUAAACAGCGAACUCUAUCUCCAGGCCGGACAGGUGUUUGAGGCCGCAGGCGACAACCAGCGAGCCAUGCACUGCUAUCGUCAGGCCAGCGCCUUCGCCACCGCCUUGCAUCUUGCCAGGGUGGUAGCUCCUCAAGAGGUGGUAUCUCUUGAAGAAGAAUGGGGUGAUCACCUGGUCCAGACGAAGCAGUUGGAUGCAGCCAUCAACCACUACAUUGAAGCAGGGCAGACUAUAAAGGCAUUGGAUGCUGCGAUUGGUGCGAGGCAAUGGAAGAAGGCUGUCCAAAUCAUCCAGGUUAUAGACGAUGUUCAUCUGGUAGCCAAUCAAUAUAAUCAGCUGUGUAGCCAUUUCGCAUCUGUUAAAGAUUUUGAAAUAGCAGAAAAACUCUUUGCUAACGUCGGUCUAUUCAAAGAAGCUGUGAUGAUGUACUUUAAUGCUGGAGAGUGGGAAAAAGCUUACCAAUUUGCUACUGCCCAUUUGGAAGGCGAUCUCAUUAAAGACAUGUUUAAGCAGAAAGCUAAAGAAGAAGAGAGUAUGGCGAUGUACAAAGAUGCAGAAAUAUUGUACACACUGAUUGGUGAAGUGGGACUAGCAAUUUCCAUGUACAAGACAUUAAGGCAAUAUGAUCAGAUGUUGCGACUAGUCAAAGAGUACCGAAGUGAUCUGCUAGUUGCUACUAAUCUGCACUUGGCCAAACAGUUAGAGGAGGAAGGAAAUUAUCAAGGUGCCGAAGAACUGUACAUAGCAGCUGGCGAAUGGGCUGCAGCGGUCAAUAUGCUGAGAGCGAGGAAAAUGUGGGAACAGGCUUUUAAGGUUGCUAGACAGCAUGGUGGAGAUAAGGCAGGAAGACACGUAGUGUUCGCUUGGGCCAAAUCACUGGGCGGAGAAUCAGCUGUGAAAUUGCUCAACAAGUACAAUCUGCUAACAGCCUGUUUAGAGUACGCUUGUGAUAGCAACCAGUUUGAUUUUGCAUUCGAAUUGGCUAAAGCUGGGAACAAAUCAAAACUUGAAGAGAUUCACCACAAAUAUGCUCUUUACCUAGAAGCUAGGAAUGAACUGGAAACUGCAGAAGAACAUUUUGAAAGAAGUGGAAAGUUAAAAGAUGCAGUGAUGAUGUACAUGGACCACAAAAAAUGGGACGAUGCUGAGCGGCUGGCUGAAAAGGUGAAUGAAGAAGGUCUCGUAGAUGGUGUCCUUCAAGCUAGGGCCGCUGAAGAGUUCAAUCUUCAGAACUAUUCCAAGUUCGAGGCCCUCUGUUUGAGAACAAGGCGUCCUGAAACCAUCGUUAACAUGUACAAAGAAACAGGAAUGUGGAUGGAUGCACUAAGGGUAUGUAAGGAAUAUCUGCCGUCGAAGCUGUCGUCCGUGCAGGCUGAAUACGAUCGAGCGGUCGGCUCCAAGGCUUCCAGGGACGCUGGGCUGCUCCUGUCCGAGGCCAGGCAGUGGGAGGCCAGUGGUCAGUACGCCACCGCUGUCAGCUGUUACCUCAAGGUGAACCCUUCGAAUUGCCCCGACCAUAACACACUUGUCAAGUCUCUUGCUGAAGCUGCCAGGAUCACAAACAACUAUUUGGAUGGGGAAGAAGCCGUUGAAAUUGUUAAAGUAUUAGGAGCCCGCCUGAUAGAGGUGAAGCAGUACAACAUUGCAGCCCAACUAUACAUCGGCGUUGACAUGAUUAAGGAAGCAGUUGAUACGUUUAUUGCUAUCGAAGAGUGGCAAAAGGCUUUAAAGGUUGCCAGGGAGUUGGAACCCAAAUACCAGAGUUAUGUAGAGGAACGGUACAAAGAGUCAUUGCGACUCGGAGGUCGGGCAGAUCAGCUUGCCGAUGUAGACCUGAUCAGUGGGCUGGACAUGCUUUGUGAGCAAGGCCAAUGGCAGCGGGCGAUAAGCAUGGCUUCUCAGCACGGCUCUUCGGUCUUGAACAAAUAUCUUGCGCUUUAUGCCACCUAUCUAAUUAAGAGCAGCAAGACUAUCAGAGCUCUGGAAUUAUAUAAUGAAUACAAACCUGCCGCUCUCCCUCAGAAUUAUAACAUUUAUAGGAAAAUAGCUUUCGACACGUUUUCAACACCCAGGUCUAAGCAGUCUUUUGAUCAAUGGGUAAAACUACGAGACAUGUUUCUGUCAUUGAACGAGGCGAUGACUUCAAGUGCAGACAGUGGCACCCAAAUUCAGGCAGAGUUCGAACAGAUCAUGCUAAUAGGACAUUAUUAUUCACUCAGGUUUUUGACGAGUAGCACAAAAGGUCUGGAAACGAUCACGGCAAAGAUUUCUAUUGCACUCCUGAGAUAUUCUGAUUUGAUCCCCGCAGACAAGGCAUACUUUGAAGCAGGUGUAGAUGCAAGGCUUAUUGGAUGGGCAGCGGAUGCUUUCGUGUUUUUGAACCACUGCUUAGACCUGUUAGAGGCCAUUGAAGAGCAGAGGAAUACAGUAGACUAUCAGGAUUUGAACAAAACUGACUUUCCAAAAGAUGUACCGAUACCAGCAGCUCCUCACUUGUCAGAAGACGAAGUUGAAGACAUUAAGCAGUGGGUGUUAUCUGUAUCUAUGGACCAGCAUAUGGAAAUGGCAUUGCCGCUGGACUCACGAGGACUGUAUGCAGCUAACUUGCAGGGAAGCCGACCGUGCUUGGUGACCGGAUAUCCCGUCUUGGACCGCCAGAGGCUGUCCUUUAAACGAGAAGGAGCUGUGGCCAGUAGCACUGACUGGGCAAAAUUGACGUCUGCACUUUCAUCACAUCCGUACUUCUCUCAGGUUCUGGCCUUCUUGACUUCAUGGGCUGGCCCUCCGCCUGCAUUUUCUUUUGUAUAGGGUGUGCGUCAUGUCUGGUUCCCUAAAGGGCUCAUUUGACCUCUGCGGCCUUAUUGUUGCGCUGUGCACUCUUGGAUGAUAUUUAUAGAAAUUUAUUUUUAUAAAUAUUUGUUUAAUUUAGAGCUUACAUGUUGGUCAAUAGGUGAAUUUACAG